AAAUCAGAUGUGGUGGACCGACACCAUCUGGACGACGCAUUAGAGUCAGCGCACACGCCACAGACAAAUGGGGCAAUUGACCUCGGCCAGGACGACGAUGACCUGGCCCAGCACCUGGGCGCAGCGCCGACAGUCACAGACCCAAAGACCGCUGCACUCAUCGCACUGGUCAAUGCGCUGCCCAGUGACGAGAAGAUGGUUGUCUUCUCACAGUUCACCAAGUAUCUUGACGUGGUUGAGGAGGCGUUGUUAGACAGUGGCAUUGAGCCCAUGCGCUUCGAUGGACAGACACGCAUGGCCCAAAGAGGAGUGAUGAUUAAGAAGUUCAACACACAACAAACGGCUAAGGUCAUCCUUAUCUCACUGCAUGCCGGAGGGGCAAUGGAUCGUGUGUACCGGAUUGGGCAAACGCGCGAUGUGCGUGUGCUGCGGUUUGUGCUGGAAGACUCUAUUGAAGAGAAGAUACUUGACUUACAGGAGACCAAGCGUGUUCUUAGUACCGGGGCACUCAACAAACUCUCAGCCGAAGAAACUCGCAAGCUCUUAGUCACCCAACUACGCUCACUCUUCUCUGCCGAGGCCAAGAUCAUCGCCGACUGA